AUGUUUGGGGGGGUCUCGUUUCCCGACAGCAUCAAUGAAAAUGGCUUCACCACUGCCCUCACCGUCAUCGUUGCUCUGUCCACCUUCUUCACCAUUCUGCUCUUGGCCUUGCCAAGCCAGUACGACCCCUACACGGACAAGCCGCCAAAGUUUGUCCACGUGGAUGGCAAGAAGACCGAGGCGGAGAGGAGAAAUGGGAGUGAUGAUUUAGCAUGGAAGCAAGGAAAGACGGUCCAGGUCGUUGUGCUUGGAGACAUUGGUCGUUCACCGCGCAUGCAGUAUCAUGCCCUGAGCAUCGCGAAGCAUGGGGGGAGGGUGUUCCUGAUUGGCUAUCAAGAGUCUGAAAUACAUCCUGAUAUCGUCUCAAACCCACUUAUCCGGAUUGUCCCCCUCCUGGCAGCACCUGACUGCCUCCGCUCAGAAAGCAAACUACUCUUCCCCAUUCUGGCACCCCUAAAGGUCUUGUGGCAAAUCUGGUCCCUUUAUCGAGCUCUCGGCUACAGAUGUGAACCUGCAAGAUGGCUACUGGUCCAGAACCCCCCCUCUAUCCCGACGCUCGCCGUGGCCAGCCUCGUGUGCUUCCUGCGCAACACUGACCUCGUCAUCGACUGGCACAACUUUGGCUACUCGAUCCUCGCACUCAAACUUGGGAGCAGCCACCCGCUCGUCAAGAUUUCAGCUCUUUAUGAAAAAUGCUUUGCAAAAUCAGCGAGACAUAACAUCACCGUCACAAACGCAAUGGCCCGUGUCCUGGUGAACGACUACGGUGUAACAGCAGAGGCACUACACGAUCGACCCGCCUCCAUCUUCCGACCCAUCAACUCCGACAAGCGCGCCGAAUUCCUCGCCAGACUUCCAGAGACGGCGCAAUACGCCCAGGACCUCCUACCAUCUGCCAAAACCCCUUGGAAGCUCAUCGUCAGCGCAACAUCAUGGACCGCCGACGAAGACUUUGCCUUGCUACUGGACGCGCUCAGUGCCUAUUCCGCUCAUGCCGCAUCCAAACCACAUCUCCCCAACAUCCUAGCCAUCAUCACAGGCAAAGGUCCACAAAAGGAACACUACCUCUCCAAGAUCCAACAGCUCAACCAAGAAAAGAAGCUCCUCAACGUCGUCAUCGCCACAGCAUGGCUCACACCCGACGACUACGCCCUCCUCCUAGCCUCUGCCCACCUCGGCAUCUCCCUGCACACAUCCUCCUCGGGCGUCGAUUUACCAAUGAAAGUCGUCGACAUGUUUGGUGCCGGGCUGCCUGUCCUCGGCUGGGGCGCCUUUGAAGCCUGGCCCGAGCUCGUCAAGGAAAAUGUCAAUGGCAAAGGCUUCGAUAGUGCGCAGAAGCUGACGCAGCAGUUGAUUGAGCUGUUUGGGGGUGAGCAGUCGCUCAUGCACAAGUUGAAGCAGGGAGCGCUGGUGGAGAGUGAAUACAGAUGGGAUCAGGAAUGGGAUCGUGUGGCUGGGAAGCUGUUCAAAUUCGUCUGA